AUGGGUAGCAUAACUCCUUUUCAAGAUCCUUUUGAGGAUGUCCCAGCGGGCCGAACAGAUGGCCUCGCAGCUCUCGUUUGGCAGUUCCGAGCCGAUACUGAUCCCAACAGAACUGAUCUCCUCGUGGGCGUGUACAAGACGGAGGAAGGUAAAGCGAUAGUUUCAACGCAGACCCUCGGCGCAUGUGGUGGAUGCCAUGUCGGCGCAGUCUUUUUGAAAAAACAUUAUGGACCGUGGAAGGAAAAUGGAAACCCCGAGAUUUUCCUUCCGACCGACUCCUGGUUGAAUCAUCCUUUCGUAUUCCAGUCUGCGGGAAUUAAGACCAGUCUUCUGCCAUAUUAUAGCAACAAGACAAACAAAUUCGAUUUUGAAAGGUUUUCAGAGGCCAUCAAAUCGUUGCCAGCUCAAUCCGUUGUUCUUCUCCAGUCUGGAGCCCAGAACCCAACUGGAAGUGAUCCAUCACCAGAUCAGUGGCGAGAGCUAGCCUCGAUAUUUUCCCAGCGUGGUCAUUUGGCAUUCUUCGAUGCUGCAUAUCCCGGGUUUGCCUCAGGAGACAUUGACACAGAUCUUGAAAGCGUUCGUUUGUUUGCCGAGCAAGAAAUCCCACUUGUUUUUGUCUCAACAUACGGGAAGUCCUUUGGGCUUUACAGCGAGCGCGUUGGAAUUCUCUCGAUUCUUGUUCCAAGCGAGGAAGUGGGAACGAAUAUAGAAACACAGUUGAGACUACUCGCUCGAGCGGAGUCCGGCGCGCCGCCCGAUUUCGGGUCCAAGAUUAUUGAAACGGUCCUAUCAGAUGAUAUUUUGCAACGCCAAUGGCGGCAGGAAGUGCGCGAUAUGGCGAAUGAACUCAAGCGCCGUCGAAUUGCACUCAGAGAAGAAUUGGAGAAAUUGGAAACUCCAGGCAACUGGCAGCAUAUCACUGAUCAGAACGGAAUGUUUUCAUAUGUUGGACUGUCCGUGGAACAAGUCACUCUCCUCCGAGACAAGUACCAUGUUUAUCUUCAGGACUCUGGGAGAAUAUCUAUCGCUGGGCUCAACAACUUCAAUAUCGAGUACACUGCUCGCAGUAUUAGCGCUGUCGUCAAAGCUACAACCUAA